GCGCCGCCGCAGGCCUGGCCUGCAGUUCCCCACGCUUGCCGCGAGCUGGGCGUGUUCGUGACUAAUGAAAAAUUAGUUGUCUUUGUCACCCCGGUGGAAUCCGAGCUUUUAUUAUGGGAGGGCGUCCAGUCCGGGUGUGUUUAUGAGUUGGACUUAACUACCCCUCUGGGCAGCGGAAGUGCGGUCCGGUCCUAGGGAACCACUGGGUACCUGGCGCGCGCUUUUGGGGCGGGCGGAGGUGUUGCCGAAGUCUAGCGUGCCUGCGCCCCUCAGGGCGCAGAUGUCCAGACGCGUCCUGGGGAAGACUUUAGCCGCCGUGUCGCUCUCUGUAGCCUUGGCGUCUGUGACUGUUAGUUCAUCGGGCGGCCACAGCAUCUCGGUGUGCAGAAAUUUAUUUUCAUCCUGCUGGUUUCGUCCUAACUCCAACAUCAUGUCUGGUUCUUGUGAUGCAAACGACAGUUACCACAUCAAGGCUCGGAUGUCUCCUUACCCAGGUUCAGAAGUUGAGCGCAUCUGGGUUCCUAAUGAGAAAGUGGACUGGCAUGUUGAGUGGAAUGACUAUAAGCCUGUUGAAUACACUGCACCCUCUGUUUUGGCUGGACCUACGUGGGCAGAUCCUCUGAUUGGUGAAAAUAACUUUUCUCCCAAGUUUAAUGAAAAUGACGGACCUGUUGAAAGAAGGAGCAAGAAAGGCCAGUAUGAGGUUGAAAAUGGAGUACCUAGAAAUCCUGCAGGACGGACAGGACUAGCUGGCCGAGGGCUUUUGGGACGAUGGGGCCCAAAUCAUGCUGCAGACCCCAUCAUAACCAGGUGGAAAAGGGAUAGAAGUGGAAAUAAAAUGGCCACUGCUUCUGGGAAAAACAUCUUACAGUUUGUUGCUAUAAAAAGGAAAGACUGUGGCGAAUGGGCAAUCCCUGGGGGGAUGGUGGAUCCAGGAGAAAAGAUUAGUGCUACCUUAAAAAGAGAAUUUUGUGAAGAAGCCUUCAAUUCCUUACAAAAAUCCAGUGCUGAAAAGAGAGAAUUAGAGAAGCAGUUGCACGAACUCUUCAACCAGGAACAUCUAGUGGUAAGAAAUGAUGGUGAGAUAAUGGAUAACCUUAUCCUGGAACCUGGAGAUGAUGCUGGAAAAGUGAAAUGGGUGGACAUCAGUGAUAAACUGGAGCUUUAUGCCAGUCACUCUAAAUUCAUCAGAAUUGUGACAGAGAAACAGGAUGCACACUGGAAGUGAAGACUAUGAGCUGACUGCCAUGGGUAAUAGCUUCCCAUUGCUGUGUGUGGCAGAGGCUAACAAAGGAGAUAGUAAUGAACAAAGACUGUACAAUGAAAGGGGCAGGGAGUUCACUUGGGAAAUAUUUUAUUCAUGUUCCAAGCAGUUUGUAUUUAAAAAGUUUUGUAUCAGAAUAAAAUGAGUAAAUAUGAAAAUGGAACACAGAAUUUUCUGCUUUGCAGCCAAAACAAAUAUAAAUAAUACUUUUUUCAGUAUUAUUUUAUUGAAAGCAUGUCUUUUACCAAACUUAAACCACUCAUGUUCUAGGAGGAAUCAUAAUAUGAAUGAAGAUAAAUUUCUGAUCAUCCAUAUGUCUGCUACUUGUUUAGACCUUUCAGUUCUUUAUUUUUCUCCAUUGAUAUUAUGAGGUCUGAAGGAUGCUCCCGUACAUCAUACUCCUUUCGGAGGAGCAUUGCCUCCUCCUGAAUUUUUUAUUUGUAAAUUUUUUUGCUGUACAUGACCUUAUUGAAGCUUAUCUCAAAAAUGAAAAGUUUACGUAAGUAUUAUUCUUGUCUGAGUCAUCAAUGUUAUGAGAAAGUCAAUCGAUAAAAAUAAAAAUCAAUGAACAAGGGCCUGUGUUCUUAUUACCAAAAAUUCUGAAUUUAAAAUCUGUCCAGGAUAUUAGUAAUUGUUAUUUUUAUCUCACUCUACUGUAACUCUGUAUGUCACAAAUAAUUAAAAAAUAGAUAAUUUAGAGAAGAAUUGAAAUCAGGUAGGGACAGAGGGAGGUCUUUGAGAGUUAGAGUGCCUUUUUUUUUUUUUAAGAAAGGGAAUAUUAUGAAUAGGAAUUGGUUUCUGCAAACCAGUAUUAAAUAUCAAUCCUAGAGGAAAGUUUAUCGGUGUGGUAGGUGGUCUUAUAGACAGGGGACGGGAGGAAAAUAACACUGUUUUGUCUCAGUGGACACAGAUCUUGGUCUGCCUAAAAGACCAUUGGUAAAUGCCAUGAUAGCAAGUCUGUCAACCUCAGGUGGGCAUUAUCACAGCUCCAUCUUCAUCCCCCUUGGACUGCAGGUGAGACAGCUCUGAAGGUAAGGAAGUAUUGGGGGAGAGAGAUGGGUAUUCUCUUAUUUUUUAAAAAGUGCUUUCUUUUUUUUAGAUACUUGAAAAGGGCUAUUAGGCUUACACUGUACCUUAGGACAGAACUAAGGCUUUUUCUCUCAUUAGUAUGAAUAUGAGUUUUGCUGAGAAACAUUGGAAUAAUUUAAGAAUGAUGCCUCAAGCUCCUCUGAAAGAGUUACAAGGUUUGUGUGCAGUAUUUAUUUUCUAAAAUUUAUAAAAUCCUUGUCUCAGGAAAUGUAAUAAGGGACUUGUGCUUAACAAGGAUGGCAUUCAGACUCAUUGAGAUGAGAGGUAGGAGACCGUUUUCCAACAUGAGUUUGAUUCUACUUUUACUCUUUGGCUGGAAGAAAUUAGCUUCUUCCUGGCACAGAAUGGAUUUCUCCAAAAUUGAAACUGUGUAUAGACACUCUUAAGAAAUUUUGAGCAAAUCCUUAAAGAAUGGCAUUUAUUUAUGUUUAACAGUCUUGAUAUAGUUAAACUGACAUUAAGAAAGAUACUAGUUUAUAUUAAGAUUUUAUUCAAAGUGUAAAUACAGCAUAUGUUCUACAGAUAAAUUCUUUAAUACAAUUGGAGUUUGUGCUGGAAUGUUUACAAAGAAUGCAGAAUGAUAAAACUAUUACAAACUGUAGAUAGAAAUAAUCUUUUGAGAACUGUACAAAUCCAGCACCAUCUAUAAUAAAGAAAAAUCAGAUUAAAAUUUUACUUUAAGAUAUUUCACAUCACUUAGUGGUGUACCUUCAUAUUUGCUUUUCUUAUACUUUGGAUUUAAGAAAUACUUAUUGUUUUUAAGAGCUAUUUAGUAAAAUAAAUAAUAGUAAUAUUUACUACUUAUUAUUUACAUCGUAUCACCUAAUCCUCACAGCUAAUCCUUAUAUUAGGUAGUAUGGUAAGUAAGAGAAAAAGCUGGGAUUUGUCUCUGACUUUGCAUGUUUCUGAAACCUAUUUUCUGUCUUGUAUUUGGAAGAUUAUAUAUUACUUAAACAUUACUCAUGCCCUUCAUGUUAAUAGUUAUCAUUUGUGACUUGAAAUGUAAGGUCCACAUCUGAUUUGACUUGCAUUGUUGAAAUUGCUUGAAUAAUUUUUGUCCAAAGACAAUUUAUUUGAUAAUACCUUGACUUGAGGAUAAGUGGCCACAAUCAAUAAUUAUGUUGCCAGCAAAAUUCUUGAAUUUUUGAAAACAUUGCAAACUCAAAUAGGAACAUAAGACUAUAAUUAUCUAAAAAGCUAAGAAUUCAGUCAAUAACUAAAGAGGGCACUUGAAAAUUUCAACCACCUUACAGAUUUAAUGCUGUUCUGUUUUAAGGUAUCAGGAUUUCUAGCAGUUAAUAUUGUUUAAAAAUAUUGGUUAACUUUUGGUAAAUAGACUGAUUUUAAAAUACCUUCUCUGUAGAAAAUAUUUGUAACUAAUUUGACUUACCUACUUUCAUAUUUUAUUAAAUUAAUUACCAAUAUUGAUACAAUCUGAGACUCAGACCCUGAAGGCAGAAAUACUUAAAAAUGUGUAAUAUGGCCCUCCCUGGUGGCACAGCGGGUUAAAGCACAGCCCUGAGA